CAGACACCAUGCUCAAGCCCACCGGUCUGGUUACGUUGGCUCUCGCGCUCGCGCGUUUCACGAAUGCUGCUUCUCCCGAGUGGGGACAGUGCGGCGGCAUUGGCUGGACUGGAGAUACUACUUGUGUCUCGGGUACCGUGUGCACGGUCCUGAACGCGUACUACUUUCAGUGCUUACCAGGAGCGAGUACCACAAGCGCCCCCCCUUCCACGUCGUCGGCCCCGACAUCUACCUCCCCAGCCAGCACCUCGAGCGUUCCCGCACCGCCUGCCGCCACAGGCUUUGUGGGCGUAUCUGGCCAGAAGUUCACUCUCAAUGGCCAGACCUUCCCUCUCGUUGGGGCCAACUCGUACUGGGUCGGCUUGAUGGGAUACAGCACCUCAGAUAUGAACAAGGCAUUUUCUGACAUCGCCGCCACUGGAGCAACUACCGUCCGCACCUGGGGGUUCAAUGAUGUCACGACUGCCAACGGCAUCUACUACCAGCUUUGGCAGAAUGGCAAAGCCACCGUGAACACGGGUUCCACUGGUCUGGGGAACUUCGACAAUGUCGUCGCUGCUGCGAAGGCCAACGGCCUUAGGCUCAUCGUCUCUCUCACGAACAACUGGAGUGAUUAUGGUGGCAUGGACGUCUAUGUCUCCCAAAUCACGGGAACGCAAAACCAUGACUACUUCUACACGAACGCCAAUGUCAUCGCUGCGUACAAGUCGUACAUCCAGACCUUCGUUGGCCGAUACAAGAACGAGCCGACGAUCCUUGCUUGGGAGCUUGCCAAUGAGCCGAGGUGCACAGGCAGCACUGGUACGAGCACUGGUACGUGCAACACCGCGACUAUCACGCAGUGGGCAAGCCAGAUCUCGGCGUUCAUCAAGUCAAUCGACUCAAACCACCUUGUCGCCAUCGGGGAUGAGGGCUUUUUCAACGAACCGAGCAACCCAAGUUACCCCUACCAGGGAUCAGAGGGUAUUGAUUUCAAUGCGAACCUGAACAUCAGCACUCUUGACUUCGGCACAGCUCAUCUAUACCCUGGAAGCUGGGGAAUCACGUCUGACCCGACUGGAUGGGGCUCUCAGUGGAUCACAGACCACGCGACGUCCGGGAAGGCGGUGAACAAGCCAGUCAUCCUGGAGGAAUUUGGCGUAACAGAUGAUCAAGCGUCUACAUACACAACCUGGUACAACACCAUCAUCACGUCCGGCCUUACCGGGGACCUCAUUUGGCAAGCAGGGUCGCACUUGUCCGCCGGAAACACGCCAGACGACGGUUACACCAUCUACCCCGAUGACCCCGUGUAUCCGAUCGAGUCUCAGCAUGCGGCUGCUAUCAAAGCUCGGGGAUGAAGCCGUCGAUUGCAAAGCAGGUGAAAAGAAGAUCUCGGAUUGUCUCAUAUCCCGUAUAUAGUUUUGCUCGCCUAUCAGAGUUAUACUAUCACACCACCCUGAAAGC